AUCAAUCCCCGAGAUUUCGUAACUCACCAUCACCACCGCUCCUAUUAAAGCCCCCCCACCAAAUCUGAGCGAAGGAAAAGAGGAGCAAGAAAAAGAACAUAGGAAUGGCGGCGCAGCAGGCGAUCGAGAGGCAGAGGGAGGGGGCGGAGGUGUUCCACGGGGCGGAUCUGUGCAAGAAGAAAUCGGUAGAGCUGCUGGGGGAGCUGCACCUGCCCAAGGGGCUGCUGCCGCUAAGCGGGCUGGAGGAGGUGGGGUACAACCGGGCGACGGGGUUCGUGUGGAUGAAGCAGAAGAAGGGGAGCCAGCACGUGUUCAAGAAGAUCGGGAGGGCGGUGUCGUACGCGACGGAGGUGACGGGCUUCGUGGAGGACCGGCGGAUGAAGCGGAUGACCGGGGUCAAGACCAAGGAGCUCCUCAUCUGGGUCUCCCUCUCCGACAUGUACAUCGACGACAGCGAUCACACCAAGAUCACCUUCAAGACCGCCGCCGGGGUCGGGAGAUCAUACCCCGUCUCCGCCUUCGAGGAGGAGGAGGAGGAGGAGGCGAAGAAGUGAGCGCCAAAGGGGCAGUUUCGUUAUUUCAGGAGUAAAGUCGGUGGGUUCUCUUUGCAGGCAGCUUAAACACUCCGACUUUGUUGCUGGAUCGCAGAAAAGAGGCUGCCGGUGUAGACCCAACAACACCUGCAACCCCCACAACUUUUGUGCGAUAUAAAAUUGAAGAAGAGAGUUGAGUUGCAGGACUUGUUCAAUUCACGGAAAAAAAAUUUCUUUACUGAAAUAUUUUAUUUUUGAGAAACUAAUGCCUGAACAUAUGAUACUUGGAAGAAUAAUUUUUGUAUAUUUGGUUGACUAUAGAAAUGAUAUUCGAGAGUGGCUUAUA